AUGGCAUCUAGCGCAGCGAAGCCUAUAUACCAUCCCGGACGGAUAUUAUAUUAUAUUAUAUUAUUAUUAUUAUUAUUAUUAUUAUUAUUAUUAUCAUUAUCAUUAUUAUUAUUAUUAUUAUUAUUAUUAUUAUUAUUAUUAUUAUUAUUAUUAUUAUUAUUAUUAUUAUUAUUAUUAUUAUUAUUAUUAUUAUUAUUAUUAUUAUUAUUAUUAUUAUUAUUAUUAUUAUUAUUAUUAUUAUUAUUAUUAUUAUUAUUAUUAUUAUUAUUAUUAUUAUUAUUAUUAUUAUUAUUAUUAUUAUUAUUAUUAUUAUUAUUAUUAUUAUUAUUAUUAUUAUUAUUAUUAUUAUUAUUAUUAUUAUUAUUAUUAUUAUUAUUAUUAUUAUUAUUAUUAUUAUUAUUAUUAUUAUUAUUAUUAUUAUUAUUAUUAUUAUUAUUAUUAUUAUUAUUAUUAUUAUUAUUAUUAUUAUUAUUAUUAUUAUUAUUAUUAUUAUUAUUAUUAUUAUUAUUAUUAUUAUUAUUAUUAUUAUUAUUAUUAUUAUUAUUAUUAUUAUUAUUAUUAUUAUUAUUAUUAUUAUUAUUAUUAUUAUUAUUAUUAUUAUUAUUAUUAUUAUUAUUAUUAUUAUUAUUAUUAUUAUUAUUAUUAUUAUUAUUAUUAUUAUUAUUAUUAUUAUUAUUAUUAUUAUUAUUAUUAUUAUUAUUAUUAUUAUUAUUAUUAUUAUUAUUAUUAUUAUUAUUAUUAUUAUUAUUAUUAUUAUUAUUAUUAUUAUUAUUAUUAUUAUUAUUAUUAUUAUUAUUAUUAUUAUUAUUAUUAUUAUUAUUAUUAUUAUGUAUUACAAAUCUGUAA